AUGCCUGUAGUAUAUCUUGGCACAAACCCUCUCCGUGAUCUUUUCAUCCUUUUCAUCAUAUUGAUUCAGUACUCUUAUACUGAAGGACUUACUUUUCCUGUAUCGAAUUUUGGUGCUUAUCCUAACGAUAAUAUCGAUGAUACAAAUGCUAUACAGAACGCUAUCGGCGCUGCUUUACUCAAUGGAACAAAUAAUACUGUUACGCUUCAAUCUGGAACAUACGAUUUGUCGGCUUCCAUCUAUAUCUAUCAAGCAAAUGGUUUCAACUUCAUUGGACAAGGCAUGGAUCAAACAUUAUUACUUGUUCAUUCGUCUAUAUCACUGUUCUACGUGAUUAACAGUCAGCAAGUGAUACUAACAUCGUUUUCCAUUGAUUUUAGCCCACUCCCAUUCACAGCUGGUUAUGUUGUAAAAGCUACGUCAAGUUAUCUUGAUUUACAAAUCGUAGCACCUCAUCAAGCUGACGUUGGCCGAAAGGUUGGUGCAAUUUUUCGAUAUGAUCCCGUAUUGAGAAAACCAGCCAUUGGCAAUAGAUCAUACGAAAUUUAUCAAACACCACCAGCUAAUCAGAAUACAACAUUGAAUCCAAAUGGAACGUUACGGAUUUAUCUACAAUAUCAGACGCAAUUCGCUGUCGGUGAUCCCAUUGUAGCACGGUAUUCAUUUACAACGCAUGCUAUAUACGCACAAGAUACAGUUGAUCUGACUAUUCAAUCGCUGACGAUCUAUACAGCAUGGUAUUUCGGUAUUUAUACAUCACGAGCACGACGUUUGAAUAUGAUCGAUUAUCAUGUCAGAAAACGUGACGAUCGUUGGUUAAGUACAGCAGCGGAUUGCAUGCACUUUGGUGAUAGUCGAGAGUCUAUUAAUAUAAUGGAUUGUUCAUGUGAAGGACAAGGCGAUGAUGGUUUGAAUGUACAAGCAUUUAUUUUCGUAGUUGUACAAGUCAUUAAUUCCACAACAUUACUGAUCAAAACAAACAAUUGGGAAGAUGCACUGAAUGUCGGUAUUGGAAGUAAUUUAGAAUUUAGUACGAGUUCACAACCAUUUACAUCAUAUACAAGUGCAAUUGUCGCGACAUCGACUAGUAUUAAUUCAACAACACGACUAUUUACAUUUACAAAUGUAAUUUCAGUCAAUGUUGGUGAUCUAGCUUGCGUCGCAGAUAAUUUGACAUUGACCGUACGAAAUUUCACUGUAACGAAUAAUCGAGCGCGUGGAAUCCUGUUAUCAACUCGAAAUAUUCGUAUUACAAAAUCAUUAUUUAAUGGAACGAGUGCGCCGGCUAUUUUAUUUCAACCUUCACUCUAUUGGAACGAAGGUCCUGCUCCAAACAAUGCCAUUUUAAGUGAGAAUGUCUUUAUCAAUUGUAAUCAAGGGCUUUAUCGACAAAGUGGAGUUAUCACAAUGGCACCCGACCCAACACAAGUACUACCUGUCAUGCAUAAUAUUCAGAUCACAUCAUCAACAUUCUAUAAUGGACCAUACAGUGGAAGUAUGGUUCAGUGUACUAACGUAAACGGCAUAAUUAUCACUGGAAAUUAUCUUUCCACCAACAGUUCGGAUCCACCUGUCGUAUUUUGCAACAGUCGAAACAUAUCUGCGGCAGACAAUACAAUCGUAAAUAGUCAAUCAGUGAUUAGUCAAUAUUAUCUAUAUGACACUACAAGUCCAUGCCUGGCAAAUUUGAGCAGUAUCAUUAAUAUAACUGCAUCGGGAUUUAAUUCAUCAUUCCCUCCACCAGUAAUUCCAACUUCCACAGGUGUCCAAGUAAAUACUAAUCAAAUAACAUCCACAACAACAACGUCAACUAGCACAUCAUCAGCAACAGUGUCAGCUAGCACAUCUACAACAACAAUGUCAACUAGCGCAUCCACAGCAACAAUGUCAACUAGCACAUCCACAGCAGCAAUGCCAACUAGCACAUCAUCAGCUACUAGUACAUCGACUGUUGGAAAUUAUUCAAUGUCGAGCAACUCUAUUAACAGUGCUACUUUGCCAACCAUAACGAUGUGGCACAUAGUUAUUUUUGCUAUUUAUCCUGCUAAUGCAAUGCUUUGA